AUGAUGUCCGAAUUCAGAAAGAACAAAUUGGCAUGGAUCUUCAAAACAUUUUACGAUGCCGACGAGAGCGGUUUCGUUGAGAAGAAAGACUUUGAGGAGAGCAUGAAUAAAUUAGCUAAGCUCCAAGGAUGGAAGGAGUCUGAUGUAAUUUACAGCAUCGCUAAAGACGUAUCAGCACAAAUCUGGGAAGGUUUACAGAAGAUGACUGACGUCGAUAACGACGGCAAAGUGACUCUGGACGAAUGGAUGACAAUGUGGGACAUUCAAGGCUCAGAACUGCCCGAGUGGAACAAAUUAUACUGCAAAAUCACUUUCCAUAUCCAGGAUGCUACAGGUGAUGGUUCUGUGGAUGAAGAUGAAUUCGUGAGGGUCCACGUUGGAUUCGGAGUGCCGAAGGAGGUCGCCGCGGAAUCGUUUAAGAAGCUCUCGCAAGGCAAACCGAGCUUGAGUUGGGAAGAGUUCGAAAAGUUGUUCACUGAGUUCUUCUUAUCUGACGAUGAAAAUGCCCCCGGAAAUUACAUUUUCGGUUCAAAUAAAUUUAAGUAA